CGCCCUGACGCAUAUUAAAGCCGAGUUACCAGCAUCUGUGACCUGUCCUCAACGUUUGGCCCAUAGGCAGUGUCUUAUCAGUGAUGAAACCUCGGCAACUCCCUGUCUCACAUAUCUGAGACGCAUCAAUUCCUACCACCAUCAUAGCAAAGUUCAUUUUCGUCAGUAUCUUUCUUGCUCCCGACAUCAUAAGAUGGCACGACUUCCUGUCGAACUCUUCGAAAGCAUCAUAGCGGAGAGCUGGUACCUUCCGCUGGACAAUCAAGACCGUCUUCAUCUGAUGAAGACAUUCCCCCUCAUCUGCCGGUUCUGGCUGCGUGCAUACCACCGUAUCUCAUUCAUCGACAUGUUCGUCCCCUCACGCGCAUAUGUCGACUACUAUCUCCAUUUUAUUUUCCUGGAAAAGGGAAAACAUUCUCUAUUUCGCAUGGAUGACUCUGAAGAAAUUGUUCCCAUCGCCGAAUACAUAUCCUCCCACUGCCGUUCGAUAACUGUAAUCAUGUCUCACAAAAAUCAUCCUAAUCUCAGUUGGCCCUUCCUGUUCCCUCAUCUCCAUCUCCGUCGGGUGUCUUUCAUCAUUGAUGACCUACGGGAGCAACCAAUAAUAAUCCGGGCCCCGAGUAGGUUGCCCCCCAGCGUUGACGAGAUAGAGAUAAUUUUUCCCCACAACGACUAUUGGAUGCACCAGAUCCGGCGUCUGUUCCUUUACCUCUCAACGGAGCGGUACCUUCGAUAUGAGGGUUUAGUUAAUUUUAUAUUACCUAUUGUCCGCAAGGUCACCUUCAAAGGGGCCAAUUUCGCCCUCCUGUUUAUCGACGAGUUGAGGUGUCCGAUCCUCGAGACACUCAUAACUGAUGCAGUUGUGGACAUCGGUGAAGUGGGGUUCGACAUUGUGUAUGUCCAGCCUCCACCUUCAAACGCUGACUUCUUGAAGAGCAUAUCCAGAUUGGAGCCACGGCCAGUUCCGGAAGUCAAGCAGGAGGGGCGACUGGAAGAGCUUAAUUGGUGCUGGAGCAUUUUGGACAGUUGGAUUACAAGUUGGAUCUCCUGGGUUAUUGGAUGACGACCGUGAACGUUUGUUAUAUUCCGAAUCCCUCCGCCGAUGCAAUAAGAGAAUCUCCAUUUCCUACGUUUUCUUGCAAUGGAUGGUGAGAAUGGUCCUGGUCAAGCUAGCAUUA